CAGAUUGAAAAACGAUAUCGUUAUCCAAGGUUGUCAUCAUCUGUGGCACCGCGAUCGAAACAAUGGUUCAAUCUUGUUCAGCGUACGGAUGUAAAAAUAGAUACCACAAAGACAAAAAUAUCUCUUUCCACAAAUUCCCACUUGCAAGGCCAGAUGUUUGUGGAAAAUGGGUAGCAGCGAUGAGGAGGCACAAUUUCAAACCUACCAAAUACAGCAACAUCUGCUCCCAGCACUUCGCCAAAGACUGCUUCAAACGCGAGUGCAACAACCGUGUGUUGAAAGAGAAUGCCGUACCUUCCCUCUUCAGCUUCAGUAAACUACAGGUUAAGGGGGAGUCCUUGCAGCAGAUGUACCCUGCACAGGUGGACUUUUCCCUGUCCCUUCCCCUGCCCGAGGCAGAGGAGGUGCAGCCUCUCACCACUCAGCCCCCUCCCUGCGACCCUGGAGCCACGGCCGGACCCCCAGGACUGACCACAGCGUUGGUGGAGAGCAGCCAGGAGGAGGACGAGGCAGCCGAGGGACUGGAGGGCCUGCAGCAGAGCGCGUCGGUCUCCUGCGACCACAACUACACGGUGGAGGACUCGCUGCAGCAGAAGCGGCGCAUCGAGCAGCUAGAGGAGCAGGUGGAGCGCCUGCGCAAGAAGCUGAAGACGGUGCAGCAGCGGUGCAGGCGGCAGGAGCGGCAGCUGCAAAGGCUCAAGGCCGUCGGCGACCUCCAGAAGCAGGUCAAGGACCUGGCCCUGGGGGGCGAGAGCUACGUCAUCCUGCCAAAGGAACUCUACGACGUGCUGAAGGGAAUCGAGUCUGCCGAUGUCCUAUGAGGAGAAGAGAAACCACCUGACAAAAAAAAACAUGUACACGCACAUACACACACACACACGCGUCUGUCUUGCACACACUCUGAAAGAGAAAGACUGCAGUGUUGUUUGCACAACUAUCGUGUUGAGAGAGCAAGACAACAGUUAGGUUGUCAGGGUGUUGUUUUUCAAUUUUUUUGUGGUUUAGUUUUAUCCGUUCUCUUUGGUCGCUCCAAAAUACUCAACUAGAAGACCCUGGAGUGAAAUGAAAGUAAGAGGCCAAACUGCAACAGCGUCUGUUGAAGAUGCCAACAGUUCAAGUUGUUUCAGGUUCAGUUGCUCCCCCAUAAAGAGUCCAGGGUAAUUUAGCUCAAUCAAGAUUUCCCCUUCUCCACUUUACAUCCGCAUAAUGCAAAACAUUGGAUUGAGAAUUGAGAUGUUUUGAUCCACACCACCCCUUAUGUGGACCUACAUGUAUAUUACAGUAUGCAUGUCCCACUAGUGCAGCUCAGUUAAGGAAAAGACUCCCUUUACAAGAGACAUCUUUAGCUGAACCUGGCUCAUUAGGGGGGUCAAUUGCCAUUGUUUGACAUAGGAGUUAACAUUUCCGGAUCAACAAAGGAGCAAAAGCUAGGGACAUCACACCAUGGCAGAGAUGUGAGAUUUGCUGCAACAGACAUUAACUACAUGUUAACGACAUGUCGACUUUCAAAGUUACGGGAUGGGUUGUCUUCAUUUGUUGUCGAAAUGACGGUGAGCUGGUUUGACCAGUUCGCAGGACUCUGGUACAACAUGAUUCCCUAUCUGUGGUUCUGUGUCAUGCUUCUCCAGCUGUUAUUUCACUGGCACUUUGGUGUAAGCUGAACUAGCGGCUAGUGAAAAUCUAAACUGACCUCUACUUGAAAAAGAAACACUUUAAGUUGAAUAUUAUUUAAGGAAAUGUCUACUGCCGUCAGCCUUCCUGUUCACUUAUGUAUGUCAUGUCAUCGUUUUUUUGCUGUCUAAAAACCUUCACCUUGUGGUAUACAAGUAAAUCGGCAAGACAUUUGAUGAUGGCAAUAUGUCAUGCUGCUGUUAACCAAGCUGGUUAUUGCGGACAGUAAGAAAUCUAGUUGUUUUACUUGUGUACGAGGAGAAAAGGUAUCAUUUUUCCUUUUGGGCUGGAACUUCUUUAAGAGGAAGGUGACUUGACGUUGCCUGACGUACCACUGCUCGUUUUCUUCUCUAGUAGGCUAAUACCUUGCUGACCCUUUUGGGAAACUUGAAGGCUGUCCUCUGACCGUCAAACAUCCUUAGCUGUCAUGAGGUGUCAAACCUUUUCAUGACGGCUAAUGAUGCUCUCGCUGACACAUUGUAUGGUUCCAGUGAUGGAAGCAGUAAUGCUGCCCGAUCAGUGGCACUAAACAAAGAUUUACCAAAAAGCCAUUUGACCUGGUUGUCGUGUGGCAUAUGUCAUAUGGUUGUUAAAAAGUAAUAACGUAUUUCACAUGACACUUUAUGAAGAGAAAUCAUGUUAUGAAUAUGAUACUGGUAUUUUUGAUGAUACUGUCACUGUAAGAGUGCCAGAAUAGUUACACAACGAAAUGAAAUGGACAAUUGGAUAUGUAUUGCAUUUGUUUCUUAUUUCGAUAAGUCACUAAUAUGUGAAGAAGUCUGUGAUAUAUAUUAUUAUUAUAAUUAUUAUUAUUAUACAUGCUAUUAUGCACAUUCAUCAGGUUAUGGAAAUGUGAGUGGUUUAGUACACAACGUAAUGUUUAUAACUGGAAAACUUGAUUUGAGAGGGAGCUAUUGGAGUGUGACUCCUUUUGUAAACUGCUUUGUUUUCUGUGACAUCUGUUUUUACAUUAUUAUUUAUUUUUCCCUCAUGAUUUCUCCCCUUCACCUCAGCUGACAAAUGAAAGCCAUAUUUACAACAAAAAAAAAGCACUUGAACAUGGACCUUUUGGCAAAAAAGGAUUUUUUUUUCUUCGUGAGAACAUAGUUGCCUUACUCUCUGCCCGUGCAAUCAUUGAAGCAUAUGGACUGUUCUCUCCUCCCUUUUCUCCUCUUUAAAUCAUUACACUCUACAAUCUGCUCUACCCUUCAGCUGAAUGUGAGACAGCAGACACUCUCCAGGUGUUAGGUAGUAUAUGAAUGGUUUUUGUAACCACUACUUUUCCUCAAAGCCAUCCAUUUUGUGGAGAGUCACCGUGAAAAUCAAACAGAUUUGUCUUGACAGACUAUUAGUAAAUUACUUGAGACUUGGACACUCAUCCAAUUCAGGAGACAUAUCAGAGGUUGUUGUGAAGGUUGCCGCUGAAUAAAAAGAGAAAGGUAUACAUACUGUAAAUCAUGGGCUUCAACCUCAUUCUAAUCUGAGGGCAAAGGGAAAGAAGCCUUGUUACUACAAAUGUCAUCUUCUCAUGUUUCUAGGCUUUGAUACUUCCAUAUGUCAUUUACAGUAAUAGUGUCCUUACUACCUUAAUUUGAGUGUUGUAUGCUUGAAUGCAGAAUGAGUGAUGUUCACAAUAAACACAUGCAUAUUA